GUGACUAUGACCUACAAUGUCGUGUUAAAAUCUAAAAAAUGAAGAAUUUGGACGUACAAUAGUUCUGCAUUCAGGCGACGAGUUGUAAAUUGCUGUCCGUUGAAUUAAUUGGCAGGGGUACUUUCACCAAAUCUUACUCAGUGAACGCUCACGUAAGUUGCAAGCUCACUACUUCGAAACCAAUAUCUUUCACGAAAGCCUGUACAUGAAGAUGAUAAUCUGGAAAUCAACCCAUAUACGAAGUAAUAGAAAAGUUAGUGCAAUAGUAGUAGUUGAAAUACUUGUAAAAUAAAUUGUCAGAAAAUCGAAGAUUUAAAGAGCAUUGACUCAUAUAAAAUCAAAGCAACGUUGUUAAAUGAUGUAUUCAGUGAUAAUAAAGAGUUAUGAACUUUUAUGUUGACCUUAAACUGGACAACGAGAAAAUAAAAUUGUUAUUCUCAAUUAUUUCCUGAUUCCUCCAUUUUUUUGAGUGAUCCAUAAGUGCUGUGCACUAUGAACAUAUUCAGCGUAGGUACAACAUUUAUAUCUGGCACAUCGGUUGAUACUCUAACACAAAGUUUGGUUUACAGUAAGAACUGACAAAAACAUAUCGAACGACAAAACUGAGGCAUGUAAAAAUAUAAGUGGAAAUAUGUGUCACUGUUGUGUAUGUAUGUGAAACAGAAAAUAGAAAACGAUGUGACCGUCUUGUUAGCGAUGCGGGAGACUGAAAAGGUCUCAAAAUAAAACACACAGAGAUCUACACUCAGCAAUUCGAUGUCCCCAGAAAUCAACUAUCACACUUCAGUUUUUCACACUCUUUCAUGUCGGGUGCAUCUUAAGUUAUUUAUGGUCAUCUCAUAUUACAAAUUGCAAUCUAUAGUGUUGUAGCCGUAUAUCACAUACUAAGAGACAUGGACCCAAAAACUGGAGAUGAAAGGACGCAUCAUAGACCAAUUAGAAAUAAAAGAUACAAUAGGAGAGUUUAUGGGGAUGAAAGAAAACCGUGUAAAAGAUUGUUCACCCCCGAGAUCAAGCGCUUCUUAAAAGACUGGUUGAUAAGGAGACGAGACAACCCAUAUCCUAAUAGAGAGGAAAAGAAAAUGUUAGCUUUACAAACUGGACUGACCUACAUACAGGUGUGUAACUGGUUCGCAAACUGGCGCCGCAAGCUGAAAAACGCCGGCAAGGACCCGGUGGCUCAACAACACACGUGGAGCGAUCUGAUUCGCUCGUACAACGCGCACGUGCAAGGGAACGUUGAGCAUUUCAGCAUCUGUUCGGACGACAGCAUCUGGAAAGAACCUGAAGAAGGAGACGAUGACUUCUACGAAGAGGAUUUUCGAUGUGGGAAUGACGAGACAACUAAUAACAAUAAUAAUGUGGAAGAGCAGGAUAAGGUACAGGAUCAAUGCUACUUCAUCAGCUCAACCACGGAAGAAGCGGCAGCGAUGAACUAUUAUACCAAUAGUUGCUCAACUCCAUUUUCUCCAUCUACCCAAUACCAACCCCAACAAGUUUGUAGUAAUAAAUAUAAAAGCCAUAUGAUGGAAAAAUAUCUGCAAGACUGUCAUCAUCAGACCAGUGAAACAGAUCAACAUACAUUUGAAGUCAUCAGAGAACCUGUACGUGAAACAUGUACGGAGGAUUCGUCCACCAUGAUAUCCAGGUGGUUAGAAAGUGCAGCCAACUUUCGCCCUAGUCAGGACAGCUACUUGGAUUGGGCAGCGAGGCAGAAACGAAAGAAGAAGAGCUUAGGACGUAACACUGAUAACCACAAGGCGAAAGUAAGAGUCGCUCCGUCGGCAUCCAGUUUACAGUCGGUACAUGGUAGAGAGGAACUUGAUGCUGCUGAGGCACUCACCACAUUAGCUAAUUCAAGUAGAUGUAAAACGCAAUUCGCUACGAUUUGCUGAUAGUUUUUGAUAAGUAGUUUAUCAGCACAAUAAUCAAAUAUGAAUUAUACAGGGGUGCGUUCUAACACCGCACUGCAAGCGCUGUAAUGCCGUUUAUAAAUCGUGGUUGUCUGUGACAUUAUGUCUUUAUCUAGGUUUCAUUAUAAAAACCCACUCUAGAAGUUGUAUGGGAAUCAAAUAGAACCUUGCUCAGAAUAAAGCAAAAAUUGAUAUAGCCUAUAAAACUAAGGCUGCCAUUUGUAUUUUAGAUAUAAGUAUAAAUUAAUUGAUAACACUUUGAUCAGAUUUUCAACUCUGUCCAUAUUUAUUAAAAAACAAAGUUUCCGGUCUGUAAGAUAUUUUCUUAAAAUCACAAUGACAAUUGCAUUUUUAAAAGCAGCCGUAAGUCAAAGCCCUCUUAUUGAUUUAGUUUUAUAUAGUAUAGUUUUUGCUGCAAUGUUUUCUUCAAUAAAGAUUGGUUUUCCGUUACUUGUUUGUAGUUUCCAAUAAUUGCGAAAUAUUUUAUAGUCACAUAGCUUAAACAAUUUAUUCCAGCACUAUGUUCAUACCAUUAAGCUUAGAUUUAUUUACCAGCUUAGUCUUUAGUUUUGUGAAUUAUACACGUAUAUUGAAAAAUAAUUUAUAUUUUCACUCUAGAUACAGGUGCGGCAGUCAAACCUGCAUUUUUGUAAUAACUGUAAAAAAAGACGGAUGCUUUUUAACAAUUUUAUUGAUACCAUGUUAAUUUACGUUAUAAAGCAUUCAAGAAACAUUACUCAUUCAAAAAUAACAUUAUUAAGAUGUGUUCCAUUUCGAUCGAUGCAUUCUUGAAAGCGAUCUCUAAAAUUGUUCAUUACAUCACGGAGCAUCUGCUGAGGGAUUAUUAUCCAUUUCCUGACGGAUUCUCGCCUUCAGUUCUUCAAGAGCACGAGGCCGGGAUUCUUCGAAAACUUUGCUUUUUAGGUAGCCCCACGAGAAAAAAUCACAUGUACUGAGGUCGGGUGAACGGGCGGGCCAAGAAAUGGCUCCGAUCUGGGAUAUCAACUUCGUUGAAGAGAUUCAUGCUCACGCGGGCCGCGUGGCUUCAUCUUGUUGAAAUAACGUUUCAUCAUUCAGUCCAUUUUCACGAAGACGAGCAAUCAAGAAUGUUGGUAACAUUUCCGAGUAGCGCUCCGCAUUCACGGUAAUAGCUUGUCCCCUUUCAUCUUCAAAAAAGAAUAGGCAUAUGAAUACAUUGCACACCAAAUCGUUACCUUGACCAGAAGGAGAGGUUUUUGGUAGAAUUUUUGAGGAUUUGCACCGCUCCAGUAUCUAAAAUGCUUGUUAACGUAGCCAAGAUGGAAAUGCGCCUCGUCGCUUGUUCAGAACAACUUGUGCAGUUCGUCGGUUUCUUCCAUCAUUUGAAAAAACCACUUGAAUUUUGUAGGGGUGAUAGAGAACUUCAAGAUCCUUCGGAGACUCCUGACUGAAAUUCUAAGCCCAGUACUGUGUCGGCCCGCUGAUGUCCAAGGACUUGUCAUAGCGAUUCCUACACGUUCAAUAUUCGCAGAAGUUCCCACUGAUCUCGCACUUCCACCUUUUCUGUUUCUCGUUUCACCGAUGUUUUCAAAGUUCUUUACCCAUAACUUUAUUGAGUUAACAGAAGGCACGGGCCGAUUACGAUUAAAUUGGAAAUGGUCACGGAAGCGCCGUUGAGCGGCUGUACAGGGUGCGUCAUCUUUUUCUAUUUUUCUAUUUGAAAAAUCAACACGCUUUUUACGAGGUGAAAUCGAUUUUUUUUAUUGAUAAAUGAAGGGUUAUGCCAUUUAUGUAUGAAAAAUAACAUCAGUCAUGUGACCAGCGCGGCUUCGUUUACAGGCCAACAUCCGAACAGCAAAAUUUUCAAUGACUUUUCCCAGAAUAAUCGGGUCCAAGGCCGCAAUUUCAGUCCGAAUAUUGCGCUUUAGGUCUUGAAUUGUCCGGGGGCCAUUCGCAUACACUUUUCCUUUCAAAAAUCCUCAAAGAAAAUAGUCAAGAGGUGUAAAAUCGCAUGAUCUCGGGGGCCAACUGACAUCUGAAUUUCGUGAAAUUAUGCUGUCUUGAAAUUUCGUGUGUAAUAAGGCGAUUGUUUGGCGAGAUGUGCGAGCCGUUGCUCCGUCUUGAUGAAACCAAAGAUCGUCGGCACCAAUACGAUCCAAUUGUGGUCACAAAAAGUCUGUUAACAUGCCGAGAUAACGUUCCUCGUUGACGGUAAUGGCCUUUUCUUCGGCAUCUUCAAAGAAGAAUGGUCCAACGAUGCCACCAGCCCAUAAUUCGCACCAAACAGUCACAUUUUCAGGAUGGAGAGGUUGUUCAUUAUAUUGAUGUGGAGUGUUCAGCACCCCAGAAUCUGCAAUUUUGCUUAUUUACGUACCCAUUGAGGUGAAAAUGAGCCUCAUCAGAAAAGAGCACUUUGGCCGAAAAUCCGUCUUCUCUUUCCAGCAUCCAAUUAACAAAAACGCGCCGCUGUUGAUGGUCUGCCGGCUUCAAUUCUUGUGUUAGUUGGAUUUUGUAUGGAUGGAGGUGUAAAUCAAUAUGUAAAAUUCGGCGUAAAGUGGUCUCACUAAUUCUCAAUUAUUGCGAACGGUGCCUAGUCGAGGUGGUUGGAUCUUCUCGUACACUUUCACUCACUGCGGCUAUGUUUUCACGAGUACGAGCUGGACGAGCAUGUUGGUAUGAUAUACGGCCUUCAGCUGAACCAGUUUCCUCAAGACGAUUAACAAUCCAACGAAUUCCAGGCUCUGUAGGGCGUCCAUGUCGGCCAAAACUAGUGUGCGAAGUUUGCGAAAAGUAUUUUUUAUAUUUCGACCGUUUUCGUAAUAAGUUUGGAUAACCAAAAUGCAUUGUUGUGUUGUAAACGAAUCCAUGACAAUAAAUGGCAUACCUUUGACAACAGUUCAUUUAUACAUACCACAUGACUUUUGACUCACACGGUAACACAUAAACUUAUGGGUAAAAAAAAGUAAUAGAUGGCGCACGCAGUAUAACUACCUCUUUGAUAAAAUGUCUUCACGGCGAGGGCGCGUUCUUGCUUAGACUACUGUUCCAUGGCUACUGAAAUGUUUUUAACUAGCGAACACAACGGUAACCUUAACAACUCGCCCCACCCACCUUCUUGGCUCACGCGCUUUUUUCAAGAUUGCAGGUUUGUCUGCCGCACCCUGUAUUAAUCCAUCAAAAUGGUUUUAGGAAAUGCACGCGACAAAUUGAUGAUGGAAACUUAAUUACCUAAAAAUAAAUUAAUGGUCACAAGAAUGAUUUCCAUGAAAUCAAAUGAGUUAUUUCUGAUUGAACAUAAUUUAAAUUACAUAUGAGUGAUUUAUGUUUCUGAAACUUGUAGUCAAGUUUCAUUUUUCAUUUACAUUGUUAGGUUCAGCAAAGAUGCUCAGUCUUUCAAGGAACGAUGGCAGUUUACAAAACUCUAAAAUAAGUUCUAUUUUUCCACAUAGCAAGCAUCUUGUAUUCAAAAUGCACUUGUUCUGACUUUGGCUGUUAAGAGACUUCACGACAGAGGGACUAACCGUUCAUUUUACUUUAGAAUUGGAGUUCUGUAAAACUGCUCAAUAUUUUUACAGUUUGCUCAAUAUUUGGAGUUUUUUCUAAUAGUGACUGAAAUCCUUACCCUAGUCUGUAUAAAUCGUGUUUGAAUCACUUUUAGCAUAGAUGAAUAUUAGAAUUAAAUAUUCGGUUUUUUGUUAUAACAUUGUUAUGUUUUAUUAAUAAAUAUACUGUUGGACAAUAACAACAAAUAUUCUUACAUAAACUCAGUUCCUCUUCAACAACCUAUUGAAUCAUGCUUUCACUUUUUUCCUAUUCCUGUUUCUAUUUUUGACAUUUGUCACCUCAUAGAAAUUGCUUCCAAUCUUUUUCCUCUUGUGAGCCCUUUCAAUUGCUCUCCUCUGCUUGCUAGUCAAUUUCUUUUCCGAUUUCCCUUCUCCGGAUUGUACAUUCUUUGCACCUGUUUUCUUUUUGCCUAAAUCUUCCACCUCAAACACUCCACUUGCAG